AAAGUGGUGGUGCUGGGCUCGGGCGGGGUAGGUAAAUCCGCCCUGACCGUGCAGUUUGUGACCGGCACCUUCAUCGAGAAAUACGACCCCACCAUCGAGGACUUCUACCGCAAGGAGAUCGAGGUGGACUCGUCGCCGUCGGUGCUGGAGAUCCUGGACACGGCGGGCACCGAACAGUUCGCGUCCAUGCGGGACCUGUACAUCAAGAACGGCCAGGGCUUCAUCCUCGUCUACAGCCUGGUCAACCAGCAGAGCUUCCAGGACAUCAAACCCAUGCGGGACCAGAUCAUCCGCGUGAAGCGGUAUGAGAAGGUGCCGGUCAUCCUGGUGGGAAACAAAGUGGACCUGGAGAGCGAGAGGGAGGUGUCCUCCAGUGAAGGCCGCGCCCUGGCCGAAGAGUGGGGCUGCCCCUUCAUGGAGACUUCUGCUAAGAGCAAAACGAUGGUGGACGAACUCUUUGCCGAGAUUGUGAGGCAGAUGAACUAUGCAGCUCAGCCUGACAAAGACGACCCCUGCUGUUCUGCCUGCAACAUCCAAUAGCACCCAAACAUGGCUGUCCUGGACAGGACUCAUCUAGGCUUGUGGGCAACAGUAGCCUCGUCUACUCCGUUGCAGUUUGUAGGAUGGCUGGCGGGAAUCCACAGUGCACCACCGCUCUUGGGCUGGAUGGUCAGUUGUCGCCUCUGAGUACCCAUGGGUCCAGUGACUCAGUCUCCACCAUUGUCCUCAGCCUCCCGUGCAUCUGCAGCCUGCAGGCACCCCGUGGAGCUACAGGGUGAUUUCUUUUGAAGUGACCAUGGUAUUGCCACUGAGUUAACAGAAGCCACUGCUGUGUAAAUUAAAAAUAAUCACGAGAGAAAAACCAGAAGAAUUCCUAUGACCACUAACAAUUAAAAUAUUUUGUUGUCUUUUAAAAAAAAGUAAAGGAGAAAUAUUUUCCUACAAGAGUACUGAAGUCAGGAAUUGAUGAACUGUCUAGCCAGCGUGUCCCACCAAUGAAGCAGCUGGCCCACCAACAGCCUGGCAGGGAGUCUGCUCACUCAGCUGACACAUUUCUGUUUUUCAAAUUGAUGCUUAAUCGCAGGUGUUUUCCUAAUUUGUAACAUGAAUCCACUCACCCAUCAGUCCUCGACAGAGUAAAAGUCAGAAGAUCAAAGUCGUAUGAAAAGCCAAUCGGCUGUAGAAUUUGCUGAGUCUCCUGCUUUGCCUGUCACGGGUUCGUGAGAACUGAAAGCGCACACCCAUCCUCUCUCUUCACUGAGCAGAGCGCACACCCACCCUCUCUCUCACAGAGCAGGGAGGAAGGAAGCUGCUGAGAUGGAGCGGUUGCCUCGCCUUACUAACGAGCACUGUAGUCAACUAACCAGUACAUCAUGGAAGGAAAAGGAAGCCAUGUGACGUCCACACGUUCCCGUUUGCAGACACCUCACGGACAGUACAGAUAUUUGACCUUUUGUGUGUGUGUUCAUGAAAGCAGCCUUUAAGGGCUAUGGUUGCAAUACAACCCUUGGAUCACCUGCUUAGGAAAUCCGGGUUGCUGUAACAGCUUUAUUGUAGGCACAAAACAAAAACAGAUCGAAUAACCUGUGAAGUAAUCUGGGCUUAAAAGUAGGAUAUAAAAUUAUGAUAGAGUGCCAGGGAAGGGGCCACAAACCCUCUUCUCCUCCCUCCCCUGGAGGGUCCUGGAAGGGUUUCCUGUACCCAUUCCGCCCUGAUUACUGAAGUGGCACAUACCGCUAGACUGAAUCUUUUGUUCUGGAAGGGUGCUUCAGCUCAGCAUUUUUGGUUUCAUAGCCGUGAAGUGUUUAUCAUUUGCAUGAGCAAUGGCACAGGAAAAGAAUCUAUUCAGGAGUUUCACGAUGAAGUGUGGCCGAGUUCUUGCCUCACUUCACAGAUAAGUGCUGGCCAAUGCCUUGUGGAGAUCAGUCAGGCCUUCAGCACUCUGUGCCUCUGGGCCUCGAUGUACUUGGUGCCCACACCUCCCCGGUUCCACAGUCUUGUGCAAGUAACCACUUAGUCUUAUGUGUGUAACUGAGAGAAGAGUGUGUUUGUGUGUGCAUGUGUGUUUAUUCCUAAGAAUUUGGCACAAUUCAGAGAUCAUUGCCUCUACUGAGAAUCUAUACUGCAGAACAUAGUGUAUGAGAAAACAUUUUUUAAUUAUUAGUCUCUUAUAAGCCAUUGAAAUCCCCUCGAGUGUUUUAGUAACUGGCUUUAAGCUUAGAAGAUAGAAAAAAAAAAGGCCAAUGGUGUUUGUCAUGUGUGAGAUAAAUAAAUAAAUAAAUAAUGUGGGUAAAAACCAGGUCAUGGGUGUUAGAGAGUCCGAGUCUUUUUGGUCUUCAGUGUCAUUUUCUCCGAUUAGGAAGCACUGCAUCAUAGGACAAAAAGUUCUACACAAUUUUCUUGGAACAAAGUUCAUUAUGUAAAAGCUGAUUUGACUCAGACAUAUUGAGAAAUCAGAUUCAAGAAGUUUGUUUUACUUCUGAAACAGAAAUGUUAGUGCACUGACUUCUGAGGCCUCUAACUUGUGAGAUGAUUCUGAUGUUUAAACUCCCAUCGUGAAUAGCAGUUUAUGAUACUCCAUAUUGAGAUCCAGAUUCCACACUUUUCCAUCAUGGAUGCCUAUGCAGGCAUGCAAAGGGUGAAAUGUGAGAAGCCUGGCAAGGUGUGAGGUGGAGGUGUUUGUCCUGCGGUCAGGAAGACUCUUCCUGGGACCCAGUGUUUGCACCGGUCCUUCCUAGUGUGCAGACAUCACUUCCCCAACACAAGCUGUGCCACACCCACUCUCUGUCCCUCUAGUGUGAAUCUGACUGUUGUGCGUGAUGUUUGCCAAGAUGGGAAUAAAACGCCCGAGGACAGGCAAAUGACACUUACAGGCACAUGAAAUAGCGGCCGCAGAGCAGAACUGUUGACUUCGCUUGCUAGUUCCUAAAAGCCCGGAUUCAACUAGCAACUAGAGAAAUGAAAGUUUGUUCUGACAUGCCUUAAAAAUAUUAUGGUUUGACCCAAAGACCCCCUUUUUCUUUAGCUAUUAUCAAGUUUUCUUUGCUUUUGUUUUUUACUUUUAUCAAAAGGCAGAUUUUUUUUUUAAGGUUUACUUCUUUGAAGGUGUAACUUUCAGGUUCUUUUAAGCUGUGGUUGUCAUGGUAGCAAAUGCCUUUCCACUGUUGGCCUUUCACGAGAUGAGCCAGCACGUUCUGGGAAGCCUUCUGGGUCUUUCCUUCUCCACUGGAAGGCUCUCUGAUGCGCCCACCCUUUGCUUUGUCGAGUUGGGGUGUGGUGGGGUCACUACAGCUGCCAUCACCCUCUGGGCUAAAACUACUGAGAUUUGCUUUUCUGUGUGGCCCGGGGCGCCUGCUGUUUGCGUCCCAGUGUGAGUGUGGCCGGUGACUGUGAAGCCUCUUUGUCUGCUGCUCUUGGGGUAGUUUAGUUUCUCAGUUCUCCAUCAGUAGCCCUUCCCCCGCCCCUACCCCCCCUUAGCACUGGUUAAGCUUUAACUGUCUCCUCAGCCAAUCAGAUGUUAAAGACUGUGGGGGUCCUUCUGUUUAACUUGUCAUUGUGCAUCUGUCAAACCUCGAUCAGGGUUUCUAGAAUGGCUGCAGUAGAUUUUGAAAACAGACUUACCAUUAUCGAUUUGGGGUUUCCCAGAGAUACAGUUCACAGUUAAUUGUUGAACUCUAAUACAACUGACCAUUUAAAAAUGAACAACAGUUUAUUGUUUUGUAACAAUGUCGAGUAAGCCCCGACAUUUCAAUUGAAACAUGAAUUGUAGUUAUAACUCAAUGCAAAUUCAACAGUUGUAUUUGGAGUUAAAUUAUUUUAACAAAUAAAUUUAUUUAAUGAAA